GAAAACCGUCAGGGGGAAUCCUGCCCCAGCAGUGUAGCAAGGCCGCUCCCAGCGGCGGACGCAUGUCCGGCUUUACUAGCUUCUGGCUGCCACUGAUUCUUGAUAGACGAUCGAAAUCCGAGAACAACAAGAAGACAUUCUCCGUCCACGAACCCCCUAUCCUUGACUGACUUUGCUGUCCUCGCCACCGUCGCAUCUCCUUGUCACCUUUCCUCUCCUUACAACGUGAACUGACAACGACGACGACGACGACGACGACGACGAAGCUGUCACCAUGCCGCGCAUUCCUGUGCGCAUCGAGCCGUAUUCGUCACCGUCACGGCAGCACCGUCACUACAAAAACAAGCGGGACCAGGUGCUGCGAGCACUGGGCAAGUCUGCCUACAUCAAUGGCAGCCACUUUGCCAUCAUGUGGGUCUCUGCCCGUGGAGACGUCGAGACAUAUGCGUCCGAGGCACUCCAAGGUAGACUCGACGACUGGUUCAAUACCAGCGGCAUCGCAGACGAGGCCAAGAAACUCGUUCUUGAGGGCAACAACGGUGAGGCAUCGCGACGGCGGAAACCACCAAUGACACGAGGCGGUGACGGUUCCGACGGCGAACUCGAGGGCGAAGCAUUGGAGGGAGACGAGGACGACGAAGACGAAGAGGACGAAGGCGACGACUCUGGCAGCCUCUCUGCUGCGACGGACGGUGCCACGAUGCGGGGGUCCAUCACGCCCCUGAUCCAGGCCGACGACGUGUUUACCGACCCCAACCAGGCCACAUCACUGCAGGCUAGCCAAGCGCGUCUCUCACAUGGCAAUGGCAUGUCCAACAACGGGAGCACCAACAACAACAACAACAUGACACAGCAGCAGCAGGGGCUUCGGCGACCAAAAAUUGGCAGGAGCUCAUCAACGUCGACUGGCCUGCGUGCGGGCCGCAAGCCCAUCUCGCCCCUCGACACCAACGUUGCCAAUGAGCAAUACAAGCGCGAGAGUGGCCACAGCCUCCUGCACCCGCACUCAGCGACCGAAUCGCGCUUCCAGGACAAGUCGUCUGGCAUUGGCAGCAGCAACAGUCUGGGCCUAGGCCUAGGUCUGGGAGUACCCAUGUCGGCUUCGACCGACGGAGGUGCGCUCGACAUGCCACCGAGACCAUCGACUGCCUCUGGUCGCCUGUCUACCGGCCGGUCCUCCUCAUCGGGCAACGUGUCAUUCGAAACGAAGCUCAACAACGAGGCUGCUCGACGCGCCUUCCUCGAGCUGCGCUUUAGCCAGCUGCAGCAGGGCAUGUGCAAGACAGUGGCAAAGGCGUGGAUCAAGAUCAUCGAACCCAAGAAGCAGACUAGGUGUCCCUACAACAAGGGCGAGGAGGGCAAGCCGGACUGGUGGCCUGCCGGUGUCCGUCACAAGGAGCCAGAUCACCUCAUGAAGCCCGAGAGGCACCAGCUGCUCCUCACCAUCCUCCGCAGCCCGAAGAUCCAAGUCGCCCGGCUCCAGCUCGCCACGGCCGAAGUCGUCGCGCUGAUGCGGGCCGAAAAGGUGCAGCUGCUCCUCGACAUCUACCGCAUCGCGCGCGAAGAGGAGAAGAUGCGCGAAGCCGGCGUCGACAUGGACACGCCCAUGACGGUGGCAGUCAGCACCCUCGAUGGCUGGUCUGAGAACGACCAGGUAGCCACCAACGUCGACUCGUCUAACGGCACUGCCAAUGCUGAUGACGACGACGAGGGCGCAGCAGGAGGCCGAAGGAGGAACAGUGCACUGGCGUCGAGAAAGAGGUCGCUGCCCUUGACGCGCUCCGUCUCGACGGCGUCAGCAGUCUCUGGAGCCAGAAAGCGCGGUAGGCCCUCGGCAUCCAACUCGGCCGCCAGCCCGACUCUCAUGGCCGAUGGGACCAUGGCAAAUGAGCAGCUGGAACAGCGUCGCCCCUCGUCUUCGAACGCGACUUCGUGGCUGAUGCAAGAGGUGACGAACAACAACAUGCGCCGCAACCACUUCUCGGCUGCUGCUGCCCAAGCCUCUGCUGCUGCCGCCGUCUCGGCCAACCACAAGGGCUCUGUCGCCAGCUUUGAUUCUCAGUACGGCAUCUACACGCCUUUGACUGGCAGCAGCCUCCUUGCCGAUCCCGGCUUCGCCGCUGCCGCUGCCGCCAGCUCCUCAUCGCCGACCAACAUUGCGGGCCACAAUGCCUCGUUUGCUGGCUACAUGUCGGCUCCUCAGCCGCCACACGCCCAGCUCUACCCCGGCAACACCUCCUUCAACUUCGACGCGGCAGGCCAGUCGCACCACCACCCGCACCCGUCCAACCAGCAGCAACAGGGCCACAUGCAUCAGGCGCACUAUAGCGCUCUUGCAGCUAGGGGCCACGAUGCGUCGAAUCUCUUUGCGUACACAUCGGUUGAUCAGCGCCGCGAGGAUGUUGCAAGCUCCGAAGGCCAGGACGCAUCGUCUGCGAGUGCUCUCGGACUGCAGGGUAUGAACUUGCACUGGUCUCAGGGCUCGUUCAUGGACAACGGUAACCAGUGGUGGCAACAACAGCAGCACCAGCACCAGCAGCAACAGCAGCAGCAUCACCAGCAGCAGCACCAGCAGCACCAAACGCAUGCUCAACAAGGGCUCCAUCAGGCCCCUUCCUCUGAUCAGCAGGCGCCCUCGUCGCAGCAAUCGACUCAUCAAGGCGAUGUCUCGCAGGCUGAAGCAUCAUUCGACAACAGCUUCUCGACCAUUGAUACCACCGGACCCACGACGCCUUCGACGAGGGACGCAGGCCAGCAGCAUCACUUUCAGUCGUCAACCAUCGUCAAGAGGCAAGCUCCCUCGUCUGAUGAGCUAGGAACGAAUUACGAAUUGUCGCUGUCUUCAAGCGCGACCAAGCCUCAUCUUCAACACCACCACCACCACCACCAGUCUUCAACGCAACAGCAGCAACAGCAGGCAAGCGCAUUUGAGCCUUGGGUCAGUCACUCGCAGUGAAUGCGAGUUCACGACUGGACCGGCUCUAGUAAUUAAUUGUUUCGCCUCUUUAUGUGCAUCGUAUCAUAUCAUCCACGCACAACGGUCCGAUCUACAACGAGACGAUACCCCCAUACAUUUCACGCUCGUUUCCUCCUCCCCCUGAUCUCACCCUCGGAACCUCACAGCCUCCCCGUGUCUCUUACCUUCAUCUCUAGUUAGACGUUCUUGUAGCUACGCACCAUUAUCAGUUCAAGCCUCCCUUCUCUCCCCCUUCGCUAAUACCUCCUAGGUCAUUAAUGAUGAAAUAAAGUUGAUUUGACC